GCUCAUAUACUGACAUAAGCAGCACAAUCAUCGUCAGCAUUGACUAGAGGAAAUCGAUCUUCUUCCUUCUUCAUUAACGAUUGUUGUCUUCCUUUGCUGAAUCAGAUCGCUCCGUUGCUGUUCUUUCAUGCAGUUAGAUCACAGUCAGAAGGAAGAGGGAAAAAACAUAGUCAAGAUGACAAUUAGUGGAGAUAAUUCGGAAACUAUAGGUAUUGCUCCAACCGAAAUGAUUUUUGAGCCGAUUUUGGAGGAUGCAGUUUUCCGGUUUGACUGUUCCGUGGAGCAUAGGAAAGCUGCAUUUCCAAGUGUUUCAUUUAAAAACAUCAAAGACAGGGAAGUUUCGGUUAUAAGUCACAAUGUUCCAGCAUAUACUCCUACUUGUGUUUGUCUUGAGGAGAAGCAAGUUGUUACUUUCGAGUUUCCUCUUGGCACGUCGUUUUAUGGGACGGGAGAAGUUGGUGGCGAGUUGGAGAGAACAGGAAAACGGGUGUUUACAUGGAACACUGAUGCAUGGGGAUAUGGCCCUGGAACCACCCCACUGUACCAGUCACAUCCAUGGGUGCUAGUUGUUCUUCCAACUGGAGAAACUCUAGGUGUUCUUGCUGAUACAACACAAAAGUGUGAGAUUGAUCUGAGGAAAGAGGGUAUUAUAAGAAUAAUCGCUCCAACAUCAUAUCCAAUUAUCACAUUUGGUCCAUUCUCUUCACCCACUGCUGUCUUGGAGUCCCUGUCGCACGCCAUAGGAACUGUUUUCAUGCCUCCAAAGUGGGCCCUAGGCUACCACCAAUGCCGUUUUAGUUAUAUGUCAGAGAAGCGCGUGGCUGAGAUAGCUCAAACAUUUCGUGACAAGAAGAUUCCUGCAGACGUGAUAUGGAUGGAUAUUGACUACAUGGACGGUUUUCGUUGUUUCACAUUCGACAAGGAACGUUUCCCGGAUCCUAGUGCUUUGGCAAACUAUCUUCAUAAUAAUGGUUUCAAAGCGGUAUGGAUGCUUGACCCUGGAAUAAAGAAAGAGGAAGGUUAUUCUGUCUACGAUAGUGGAAGCAAAGACGAUGUUUGGGUUAAACAAGCAGAUGGGAAGCCCUUCAUUGGUGAAGUAUGGCCUGGACCUUGCGUUUUCCCUGACUAUACAAAUUCCAAAACUCGGUCUUGGUGGGCUAGUUUAGUUCAAGACUUUAUAUCAAAUGGUGUUGAUGGUAUAUGGAACGAUAUGAAUGAGCCUGCAGUUUUCAACACCGUGACAAAGACAAUGCCUGAGAACAAUAUUCACUGUGGAGACGAUGAGCUUGGAGGUGUUCAAAACCACUCACACUACCACAACGUCUAUGGGACUCUGAUGGCAAGGUCAACUUAUGAAGGGAUUGAUCUAGCUGAUAAGAAUAAGCGACCUUUUGUAUUGACAAGGGCUGGAUUCAUAGGGAGCCAGAGAUAUGCUGCUACUUGGACAGGAGAUAACCUUUCAACCUGGGAGCAUUUACAUAUGUCUAUAUCCAUGGUGCUUCAGCUGGGGCUUAGCGGUCAGCCCUUAUCAGGGCCAGAUAUAGGUGGCUUUGGUGGCAAUGCAACUCCGCGGCUAUUUGGGCGUUGGAUGGGCGUUGGAGCUAUGUUUCCAUUCUGUCGUGGCCAUUCUGAGGUUGCCACUGAUGACCAUGAGCCAUGGUCUUUCGGAGGAGAGUGUGAGGAAGUCUGUCGUGCCGCAUUGAAGAGGCGCUACCAACUGUUACCACAUUUUUACACCCUAUUUUACAUUGCCCAUACAACUGGUGCUCCAGUUGCAGCUCCAAUCUUUUUCGCUGAUCCGAAAGAUUCUAGACUAAGGACUGUUGAAAACGCCUUUCUCUUGGGUCCACUUCUCAUAUAUGCAAGCACUUUAAAUAAUCAGGGAUCCCAUGAAUUGCAUCACAUAAUGCCCAAAGGAACUUGGCUAAGGUUUGAUUUUGAAGAUUCACAUCCGGAUUUACCGACAUUAUUUUUACAAGGUGGAUCCAUUAUAUCAGUGGCUCCUCCACAUCUACAUGUUGGGGAGUUUACUCUGUCAGAUGACUUGACCCUACUUGUGUCAUUAGAUGAAAAUGGCAAAGCUGAAGGCCUCUUGUUUGAGGAUGAUGGAGAUGGAUAUGGCUACACUAAAGGAAAAUUUCUAAUCACAAACUACAUUGCUGAGAAGCAUUCGUCCAUUGUUACUGUUAAGGUUUCAAAAAUUGAAGGAGAUUGGCAGAGGCCAAAGCGCCGUGUUCAUGUCCGGCUAUUACUAGGAGGCGGUGCAAUGCUUGAUGCUUGGGGAAUGGAUGGAGAGACUAUCCAGAUUAAUGUGCCUUCAGAACAUGAAGUUUCAGAAUUAACAACCAAGAGCAAUGAGAGCUUCAAAAUUCAUAUGGAAAAUACAAAAUUGAUACCUGAGAAGGAAAUUGUACCUGGACAAAAGGGAAUGGAACUUUCAAGAGUCCCAAUUGAGCUGAACAAUGGCAAUUGGAAACUAAAUAUAAUUCCUUGGAUUGGUGGAAGGAUAUUAUCCAUGUCACAUGUUCCAUCAGGAGUUCAAUGGCUUCAUAGCAGGAUAGAUAUCAAUGGCUAUGAAGAGUACAGCAGUACUGAGUACUGGUCAUCUGGAUGCACUGAGGAAUAUAAUAUCAUUGAGACGGAUUUAGAACAUGCAAGUGAAGAAGAAUCUCUUAUCUUAGAAGGUGAUGUAGGCGGUGGACUGGUUCUUCAGCGUAAAAUUACCAUACCUAGUGACAACCCCAACAUUCUUCGUAUUGCCUCUACCAUUGAAGCUCGAAGUGUCGGUGCUGGUUCUGGUGGAUAUUCAAGGCUGGCAUGCUUAAGAGUCCAUCCAACUUUCACUCUUUUUCAUCCAACUGAAUCGUUUGUGUCCUUCACAUCGAUUGAUGGUUCAAAGCAUGAGGUUUGGCCAGAUUCUGGAGAGCAAAUAUAUGAAGGAAACAACCUCCCACAUGGUAAAUGGAUGCUGGUGGACAAGAGACUCAAUCUACAGCUGGUAAACAUGUUUGACGACGUUAGUCAGGUUGUCAAAUGUAUUGUCAACUGGGACAGUGGAACGGUUAACAUGGAGCUAUGGUCUGAGGACCGACCAGUUUCCAAGGAAACUCCUCUGGAAAUAGAGCAUGAAUAUGAAGUCACAAGUUUCCCAUAAUUGUACUGCAAAUGUAACUCAUUUCCUCAUGUUCGCAAGAAUCUACUUGGCUACUUGUACUUGGAUCGUUCAGUUUUCAAUGCACUAAUAAGCGAAUGAGCAGUGUUUCUUUAAGCAUAACAUAUUAACG